AUGGCCACUAAAGAGAAUAAAGCAAAAAUGGAGUCACUGAUAAAGAAGCGAGAAAAGUACUUUGCUAGACUUCAAGCGCUUUAUGACGUGGGUAAAAAAUGUUUAGAAUUGGCCCAAAAGAAGCAACCUUAUCAAGCUGAACUUGAUCACUUUGUUUCCCGUUAUAAUAGAAUAGAAGAUGAUUGCUCUGUUUUUGAAGAUAUUAGUGAUGACAUUACCAUUAUUAACUCUGAUCUAGAUGAUAGCGAUAAGAUCGAGGUACACAAAGUCUCAAUGAGUUACGAUGAAAUGUAUUUUAACGUAAAAUCUCUUGCUCGCAAAAUGCAGAUUGAGCAACCCAAAACGCAAACCUCCGGCAAAUCUGAAGCCACACCUACGCAACCCCCGCAAUCUGCCCCUCAGGUAGCUAAGUUACCAAAAAUUGAAAUUGAGCCGUUUGAUGGUUCGAUAGCUGAUUGGACGAACUUUUACGCUUUGUUUAACUCUCUGAUACACAAGAAUCGCUCUCUCUCAAAAUCAGAAAAACUAACUUACCUACGUAGUCUGCUCAAGUCUCACGCUCUCUCUCUAAUAGAAAAUUUAGUUAUUUCUGAAGAAAACUACGAUAUUGCUCUACAUCAGCUCAUUCAGCGGUAUCAAAACAAGCGUCUACUCGCAUCUAAUUAUCUAGAUAAAGUGUUCUCGUUCCGAGCUCUCACAGAAGAUACUGCCAGUUCAUUAACUAGUUUUCUAGAAGUAUUUAAUACCAAUCUCUCCGCUCUCAAGGCCCUUGGCAUAGAUGAUUUGAAAUUAAAUUAG